AUGAAGUGUUUCCAUUUCUCGUAUGGAAGCAAAAGGGGGAUCCAAAGCUCUUCAAAGUUCCCAUCGUCCCUAUCAUGCGACACCUCCAUCACCACCACCGACAGCACCACCACUACAGACGAGAAAAGGACGACCUCAAGAUCUGGGUUUGGCCCGCGGAGCGUUUCAUUGGGUGCCAACUCGGCGAGGGGCUCUAGUCUUGAGAGUUUCCCUGAGAAGUCGAACAAUCUGAGGACGUUCACCUACGCUGAGCUGAAGAACGCCACGAGAAACUUCAGCCGUUCAUUGAUAAUCGGCGAAGGCGGUUUUGGGUGCGUUUAUAAGGGAAUAAUCAGUAGCCCAGAUAAUCCUCAUCGAAAGCGUGAGAUUGCUGUUAAACAGUUGGAUCCAACAGGGCUCCAGGUUAGGUUCUUUUUCCGGGAUUUUGAUUGUUUCCCGUUUUAAUUCCUUCUGAUGUGCCCCCCAAGGAUCAUGCUAGUGUCUAGUGGCUUUAUUUUUUUUCUCAAAAUAUGUACUUUUUUUCGUUCUUCAGACGUUUCUUUUUUUUGGGAAACAAUUUUAAAUUCUAUUUUCUUGCUGUCAUAUAGCUGUAGACUAUUAGCUCCCUCUUUCUGCCGGCUUUUACCAAAUGAUCUGACCUUCAGUUCCACGGCUCAGGGGCACAGGGAAUGGUUGACAGAAGUCAACGUUCUUGGGGUCGUCGACCACCCAAAUCUCGUCAAGCUCGUGGGUUACUGCGCCGAAGACGAUGAGAGAGGAAUACAGAGACUCUUAAUCUACGAGUACAUGCCGAACAAGAGCGUUGAGAAGCACCUGUCGCCUCGAUCCAUUGAGACGCUCUCGUGGUCAAAGAGACUGAGGAUCGCUCUCCAAACCGCCCAGGGCUUAGCAUACCUGCACGAAGAAAUGGACUUUCAGGUGAUCGGAGGCUAACCCAGUGAUUGAUUCCUCCUUCGAAGAAAUCGGUUUUGUUUUUUCUUUUUUUAAUUUUGGAUGAAAAUUUAUCAGGCGCAGAUCAUUUUUCGAGAUCUGAAGACAUCGAACAUACUUCUAGAUGAGCAUUGGAACGCCAAGCUUUCAGACUUUGGGUUGGCCAGACAAGGGCCGAUGGAGGGAAAGAGCCAUGUCUCUACACUGGUACGUCCACCGUGCAAUCCUCUAAUAAAUUUCAUAAUCUGCUCGAUUAAUACUAACAAAACAGAAAGAAAGAAAAAAAGAUUACAUACAUGGAAGAUUUCUUCUGUUCCAAUCUGAUUUCCAAGCUGGAAACUUGACGCCAAGGAAGGUGGUGGGGACCAUCGGCUAUGCGGCCCCUGAGUACGUCCUCACCGGGCGCCUCAACGCCAAGAGCGACAUCUGGAGCUACGGCGUCGUCCUCUACGAGCUGAUCACCGGGCGGCGCCCCAUGGACCCGAACCGCCCAAAAUCGGAGCAAUCUCUCCUCGAGUGGGUGAAGCCCUUCCUCUCCGACGAGAAGAAAUUCCGUCUGAUCGUGGACCCCCGCUUGGAGGGCAAGUACCCCCUCCGCUCCGUCAGGAAGCUCGCCACCGUCGCCAACCGGUGCCUGGUCCGGCAGCCCCGCGACCGCCCGAAGAUGAGCGAAGUGGCGGCGAUGGUGAGGGCCAUCGUGGAUGACGCUGAGGCCGAGCCCUCCGGCGACGCCGCCGCGGCGGAGGAAGGAAGCUCUCGAGCUUCUUCCGCCUUCGGGGGGAUCAUCUCUCAACUCAGGCUAUGUGAGGGGAGGAGGUUGAAGUGGCAACGUGGGUCCCUCGGGCUGGUGCACACGUAUUGA